CUAGCAAGAAUAAGAAAUAUCCUAAAGUAGAUUUAGGCGAUGGGUGUGGAAAGCUUUCAAUAAAAAUGCACCUCAAUAAUAUUUGGAACUCGGUUCAUUCUAUAGAAAAUGAUAUAGAGUAUGGAAUUUUUGAAAAACUCCGUAUUAUUGAGUAUGAACUAAGUUGUAUAAAUAAAGGAAAAUUACCAUGGAUAAAAUCUGAGACAGAGACUAGUUCAUCCAGUUCCGAUUCAGAAUCUACGGGUUCAGACUA